GUAGUUUUACUGGGUAAUGCGGCUGUAGGAAAAACAAGCCUCGUGGAACGUUACAUAAAUGAAAGAUUUAAUGAAAGUCUAUCAUAUCAAAAUUCCGCGACAUGGAAGGAAUAUUCUAAAAUAGAGUUACUAAGAUUUGCACUGAGAAUCGUCUAAGAGGUGCAUCGCAAAACAAAUUAACUCAGUUCCACUUUCCUUAGACUAUAGGAGCUGCAUUUGCAGCGAAGCAAAUGCAAGUCAAUGGGAAAAGGCUUAUCAUGGGAAUAUGGGAUACAGCGGGCAGUGAAAAAUAUAAUGCUAUGAUUAAAUUAUAUUAUCGUGGUGCAAAGGCAGCUGUUGUAUGUUAUGAUAUUACAAAAUCAAAUACAUUUCAAAAGGCAAAAUUUUGGGUAAGAGAGCUUAGAGCUGUGGAAGAAGGCUGUAAAGUGUAUAUUUGUGCUACAAAGAAGGAUAUCUUAGAGCAUGGUGCAGUUCCAUCUCCUGAGAUAGAUGUUGUUGAAACAUAUGCUGCAGGCAUUCAAUCCAAGUUCUUUAUAACAUCUAGUAAAACUGGAGAAAAUGUUGCUGAAUUGUUUAAUGAAAUUGCCCAAGAUUUUGCAUCUGACCCAGAUAAUUUACAAGAAUUAGAAGAAACAAUUGAGAUAAGUAACAAGUCCAAAGGUACAUAUUGUUGUCAAUCUUUCUAAAGUCAGUAUUAGGAAUUAUCAUAAUUCUUUCACCUUUAAUAUAUAUCACAUUACUUUGUGUAAGUAAAUAUUAUGCGCGUAAAUCAAUGCACGGUAUAUCGCAUCUUGACACAUUAAUAUACAUAACUUUAAGGGAAUCGUUAUUCCCUGCUGAAAGGAUUAUUUUUAAAUACAUUCAUAUUUUACAUUCCUUUAAUUUGUGCAUGUCUCAUCCAUUUAAAAAUUAAU